AUGGCCAAGAAAGAAAUGGAAGUAAUGAAGGGUCUAGACCUAAAGAGGUACAUGGGAACGUGGUAUGAGAUAGCUUCAUUACCCUCAAGGUUUCACCCCAAGGAUGCGAUAAACUCAAGGGCUACAUACACUUUCAGCCCUGACGGCACUCUGCAUGCUCUCAACGAGACUUGGAGUGAUGGCAAGAGAGGCUCUAUAGAAGGCACUGCAUAUGAAGCUAACACUUCUAGUGAUGAGGCCAAAUUCAGAGUCAAGUUCUAUGUUCCUCCAUUUUUGCCUAUCUUUCCUGUUACAGCGGAUUAUUGGGUUUUAUCUAUUGAUGGUGAGUAUCAAUAUGCUUUGAUUGGCCACCCCACCAGGAGGUACCUUCAUAUAGUGAGCAGACAGAACCAACUAGAUGAGGAAAUCUACAAUCAGCUGGUUCAGAAAGCUAAAGAUGAGGGCUAUGAUGUGAGCAAGCUUCAAAAAACACAACAGACUUUUCCUCCACCAGAGAGUGAUGAUGCCCCCAAGGACAACAUAGGUUUUUGGUGGAUUAAGGCCAUCCUUGGAAAAUAG